UCUUCUUCUCCUUCUUCUCUCUCUCUUAAAACCCCCUCCUCUCUCUCUCUUAAAACUCUCUUACCUCCUCUGUCUCUCUCUCUCUCUCAACACACUCACAUUCAUUCUUUGCUUCCUCCUUUUAUAUCACGAGAUCCCCAUCUCUUUCUUUCUUUCUUUCUUUCUUUCUUCCUCUUCCCUCUCUCGCUUAAUGUCUUCUUCAAAGUCCUUGAGUCUCAGUUUUUCCUCUUUCUUUGCCUUUGUUUCUUGGAGCUUUCUUUCUUCUACUUCGAUUGACGGAUAUUGCUGAUAGUCUAACAUUCUUUAAACAAAGUGAGACAGCAAGGCGGAGAGAGGGAGGGGAAGAGUACUUAAAGUGCCCUUUUCUGUCGGUUGGUUGUUUGCUUGUUCAGAAAAUGUCGCAUUCUGGAAAACCUAUUUCGGACCCAGGGUUAACUGAACUUUCCGAUCAGCUCCGUGACUCACUCGGUUGGGAUACUAACAAGCCUGAUUUCCGUGAACUCGAUCUGGGCUCGCCGGUUUCCCCACUUCGGACUCGUCAGACUGGACUUGCUCCAACUACCACUACAACUACUACCACCACCAGUAGCAGCUCUAGCUCAUCCGGAUCUGUGACUGGUCGAAAUGCGGCCAAUCAAAUUCCGAAAAGGCCCGAAUCCUCCCGUAACAACUCCGGCGAGCUAUCCGGCUCUAGCGAGAAUAGUCCGACAGCCACGACCCGGAAUCCUAAAACUGGUCAGACCAGAUCCGAUUCGGGGACCACCCAGCCGUUAAUCUACUCUGGGCAAGGCUCUGUUACCUCCCCGCCGGUGAAUGUACUUCCCACUGGAAACAUCUGUCCGUCAGGGAAGAUCUUGAAAACCGGCAUGGCAACCAGCCGGAGUCCAAGAAGCGACAUGCUGGGAUCCGGGUCGGGACUCUACGGCCACGGCAGCAUAAUGCGAGGGGGCGUCAGUGCAGCCAAGACUUCGAAUCUUGAACCUGCGAACCCCGCGGCUAAUACGCGAGGAAUUGGCAGCAGUCAUAGCGGAAUAGGUGGAGAUACUUGGCUGAAAAGAGGAAUGGCGAGUAUGGACCCAGAGACGGUGAAGAGAGCGGGGAAUGAGAUGUAUAAAAAGGGCCAUUUUGGGGAAGCGUUGAGCUUGUACGAUAGGGCUAUAGCUUUGUCUCCGGCCAAUGCGGCGUAUCGGAGCAACCGGGCGGCUGCAUUGACUGGCUUGGGACGGGUAGCAGAGGCGGUAAGGGAGUGCGAGGAAGCAGUGAGAUUGGAUCCGAAUUAUUGGAGGGCUCAUCAACGUUUGGGAUCUUUGCUUCUAAGAUUAGGACAUAUUGACGCCGCCAGGAAGCACCUUUAUUUGCCAGGUUUGCAGCUAGAUCCCAUUGAGUUGCAGAAGUUACAAGCAGUGGAGAAACAUAUAAGCAAAUGUGCAGAAGCCCGGAAAAUUGGUGAUUGGAUAAGUGUAUUAAGGGAAAGUGAUGCUGCUGUUUCUGCUGGAGCUGACUCUUCCUCUCUGCUCUUUCUGUGUAGAGCAGAGGCCCUUUUGAAGCUGCACCAACUUGAUGAUGCUGAAUCAGCCCUAUCAAACAUCCCAAAAGUGGAACCACCCUGUUCACAACUGACCAGGUUUUUUGGGAUGGUUUCUGAAGCUUAUCCUUUCUUUGUCAGAGCCCAGAUUGACAUGUCACUUGGAAGGUUUGAGAAUGCAGUUACAGCUGCUGAGAAAGCUGCGCAGGUAGAUCCACGAAAUGCUGAAAUUGUGGCACUUCAUAAAAAUGUGAGAUUGGUGACAAGGGCUCGUGCCCGUGGCAACGAUCUCUUUAAAUCUGAGAGGUUCACUGAAGCAUGCUCAGCAUAUGGGGAAGGGCUCAGACUUGAUCCUUCAAAUUCUGUUCUGCACUGCAAUAAGGCAGCUUGUUGGUUUAAGCUUGGGAAAUGGGAGCAGUCCAUUGAAGACUGCAACCGUGCAUUAAGAAUCCACCCUAGUUACGCAAAGGCUCUUCUUCGAAGGGCUGCUGCAAACAGUAAGCUAGAAAGGUGGGCAGAUGCUGUGAAGGAUUAUGAGCUUCUAAGAAAGGAACUUCCAGAUGAUAAUGAAGUUGCAGAAUCUCUAUUUCAUGCCCAAGUUGCUUUAAAAAAGUCUCGUGGGGAGGAGGUUUAUAACUUGAAGUUUGGUGGUGAAGUGGAGGAAGUAUCAAAUCUUGAGCAGUUCAGAGCUGCAAUAUCGUUCCCAGGCAUUUCUGUUGUCCACUUCAAAACAACCUCUAACUCACAAUGCAAGCAAAUAUCUCCAUUUGUGGACACACUGUGUAGUCGUUACCCAUCACUUAACUUCCUCAAGGUGGAUAUUGAUGAAUGCACAGCAGUAGCAAAUGCUGAGAAUGUGAGAAUUGUACCAACAUUCAAAAUAUACAAAAAUGGGAGCCGAGUGAAGGAAAUCAUCUGUCCAAGUCGAGAUGUGUUGGAACACUCGGUGAGGCAUUAUAGCUGUUAGAAACUCAUGACUGUAUUGUAAUUCUUCUUCUUCUUCUCUUCCAUAAUUUGUGCAUUUCUUUCUUUCUUCCUGCACAAAUUCUCUCCCAUUUUGAUGGGAAUUCUUCCACUUCCUUCAAACCUUUUUCUCCCACCACCAUACGAGGAUUACCUGAUACUUGUGACAUAAGUCGAGCUACAAAAUAAUAAUUAGCACCAAUGCCAGAAGGAACCCCAGAGAGGUAGUUUAGUUUACUUUUUGCAGUUUCUAUUAAUUCAUUCAUUCCUCAUUGCUCUGUGGUUCCUUGUUCUUCCUCCGUCCUUUUGUUAUUCUUUUUUUCCCUUCCGUUUCUUUGUAUUUUUCCAUACCUCCGCAUAGGCCGGCCAGCCUGUAUCUGCGAGAAUUUUGGGAGAGAAAAAAAAAGAAUGGAGGACAUGUACAAUUUGAUUAAAGUUGGGUUAGUUAGCUACAAAUUAGAAUGAAGGGAUGAGGAGGGAGAUGAAAAUAUUGAAUAAAGAGAGAGGAGUGGGAGAACAGGCUGGUAGAAGAGGAUCUUUACAUGUAUAUAUCUGUGAUGAUAUUGUUGCAAUGCAAGAACAUUGGAAGGCAUGAGGAAGACAUGCUAGUUUGGUGGGUACUUAGUUACGGGGUUAGUGAAAGGAGGAUGAAAAAUGUUGCUAUUAAUACUGUUGUUUCUCUUCUCAACCAUUUCAUCAAUAAAAAUUCUCAAUUUUUUCUUUCCUUGUCUUAACCUUCCCCUAU